GUAGCUUACUAGCUAGGAACUUGUGGAGUGAAGCGUAAAUUGCAACUUGACAAAACAGAACAAUUUAUCUACAGGUCGGCCACAGUUGCAUCAUGCUGAACAGAACAGUAGACCAUGUCUGAUCAAAUAGCAAGCUCAACACAUUUUUAGUGUGGCGGGGACCGUCUCCCGGGACAUGCGCUGGUGUUUCCAGGAAUUGUUUUACUUUCAGUCUGUUUAUCUCAUGAACAUGGCUCAAUUCACUGGCUUUGACAAGGAUAUAUGGGAGUCUCAUAACAGCAUGAUGCAAGAACCUCUGAGCAGCAAUGAUCCUGAGGUAUUUGACAUCAUUAAAAAGGAGAAGAAGAGGCAGAUAUAUGGAUUGGAGCUCAUUGCCUCAGAGAACUUCACCAGUCGAGCAGUUUUGGAAGCUUUGGGCUCAUGCAUGAACAACAAAUAUUCAGAGGGAUAUCCUGGCCAAAGAUACUAUGGUGGCACGGAGCACGUUGAUGAACUGGAGCGGCUCUGUCAGCAAAGGGCUCUGAAGGUUUAUGGCCUUAAUGCAGAAAAGUGGGGAGUGAAUGUACAGCCUUAUUCUGGGUCGCCUGCCAACUUUGCUGUGUACACGGCCGUCGUGGAGCCUCACGGGAGAAUCAUGGGUCUUGAUUUGCCUGAUGGAGGUCACCUGACCCAUGGCUUUAUGACGGACAAAAAGAAAAUCUCUGCCACUUCUAUUUUCUUUGAAUCUAUGCCAUACAAGGUCAACCAGGAGACUGGUUACAUUGAUUAUGACCGACUGGAGGAAAAUGCACGCCUCUUUCACCCAAAGCUAAUCAUUGCAGGUGUCAGCUGUUACUCCCGCAACCUAGAUUACGGCCGCAUGCGGAAGAUAGCGGAUGAGAAUGGGGCUUACCUUCUGGCUGACAUGGCGCACAUUAGUGGGCUUGUGGCAGCUGGAUUGGUCCCUUCCCCUUUUGAGUACUGUGAUAUAGUCUCCACCACUACCCAUAAGACCCUGAGGGGCUGCAGGGCAGGGGUCAUCUUUUACAGGAAAGGGGUACGCAGUGUGGACUCGAAAACUGGAAGGGAAUCUCUCUACAACCUGGAAAGUUUGAUCAACCAGGCUGUGUUUCCUGGACUGCAGGGGGGACCUCAUAACCAUGCCAUUGCAGGAGUGGCUGUAGCUCUGAAGCAGGCACUUACUUCAGAGUUUAAGGUCUAUCAGACACAAGUGCUGGCAAAUUGCAGGGCCCUGGCAGAUGCUCUUUUGGAGAAGAGCUAUAAAGUCGUUACUGGUGGUUCUGAUAAUCAUCUUAUCUUGGUUGACCUCCGUCCAAAUGGAACUGAUGGUGGGAGGGCGGAGAAGGUGCUAGAGGCCUGUGCUAUUGCCUGCAACAAGAAUACCUGCCCAGGCGAUAAGAGUGCUUUGCGUCCCAGUGGUCUUCGUCUUGGAUCUCCUGCACUCACCUCGCGAGGGCUAGUGGAGGAAGAUUUCCGCCAGGUUGCAGAAUUUGUUCACAGAUGCAUUCAGUUAACUGUGGAGAUCCAGAAAAACAUGAACCCCAAGGCCACUUUAAAGGAGUUCAAAGAAACAUUGGCUCAGGAUGAGGAAUAUCAAAAGAAAAUGAAAGAAAUCCGAGUUGAGGUUGAAGCGUUUGCUCAAAAAUUCCCUAUGCCUGGACUGCCAGAGCUAUGAGCCUGUUGCAUUCAUGCUUUGAACCUUGAGCCAAGCUUUACAAUUGAUCAUUGUUUUCCUUUGUACUUAAUUCGCUUGUGUGCCCUACUACAGAAUUUCAAUAGUGCAAAGAUUUUUACUGCUAAGUUUAAAUGUCCAACUGUAAGCAAUGCCAAUCCUUACCAUGAAUUGUUUGUGUAUAUAUGUUGCAUGUGAUUCUUAAAGGCAAAUGUAUCAGUUUGUCCUAGUUGGCAUAUUCAUAGUGUGACAACGUGCCACCACUCCACAUAUACUGGGACGAAGGUAGUAUAUAAUGUGUAUAUACCUAGCCUUUUAAAUAUUACAAGGGUUUAGUAUAAGAAUUGUUAAGAAAUUCAGACUUCACAAAUUUAAAUGAGGAAUGUUUUAAUGAAACUCAAUGGCAGAAAACAGUGGGCAACAACUUAAUGCACUUGGAUCACCUGAAAAUUCACUUAAACACAAGUCAUCUUAAAGAUCACUUACUUCACCCUGGACAAAAUCACAAAAUCUACAAUGUACACAUGCGCAACACUUUCUAUUUUGUUUUGGAUAAUUGUGUAAGGGAAAACUUACUCCAAAAAACAUCUGCGAUCAUAGAAGAUGCAAUGCACAUUACAAUAUGGCUUGUUAAAUAACAU